UUAGUUUUGUACAAUGUCAUGCAGUCUUCACACUUCCGACUUCGCGCCCAUCAUACACAAUACACGAUGCCUCAAUUCGGUAGGGAAAACAUCAACUGCAGCUCUCAGUUGAAUAGACAGCUAGUAGUGCAAUGUUGUCGAAUGCGGCAGACUUGUUUUGCAAGAAAGUAGUCGUGCUUUACUUCGUGUGCUGGGAUCAUGGAAUAGUAACUGCGGGGACUCUGGAUCAGGAUCCAGUACAUUAUCAGGGAUCUUCUGCUUAGACAUCUUGCAACUGGUUAUUGUGUACAGCUCCUGCAGAACAGUCGAGUUGUUUUCACUGCACUGCGCAGCGGGAGACGAGCAGUGGCCAGCGUGUCAGACUCUGCACAGACCACUCGCCUCGGGGGCAGCGCAUGUAGCUGAUAAAAGAAAGGUUGACUGCUCGCUGUGCAGGGAGUGGCUGGAUACCCGACGCCGACACCACAGGUCCUGCUGACCGCCUUCGCGCCAAAAUCACCCGCUACACUCUAGGAGUUUGAGGUGCAGCUUUUGUCGUGACAACGGAAUCUUCUGUUAUAAUUAUACUGGAUUGCGUAUAAAUAUGGGUGAUAAGUGUUCUGAAGUUGAGGGCGGCAGGACCAGCGUCGCAACAUCCUUACCAUCAGCACCUCGAGCCAUUCCACGCCCAUCAUCAUCAUCAUCAUCAUCAUCAUCAUCGGCGUCAUCACGUCCAGCCUCUAUGUCUAUGCUACGCGCAACCUCCGUAGCAAUACCUCGAUCCAGCUCGCCAAUACCUGCUUCAAUUCGCCAGCAGCAAGCAGUCCAAGCAGCUUUGGGAACCUUUCAUUCGACCGACCAGCUAGCGCCGUCUGAUGACGAGGGGGACACCACAUCCAACAAGCUACCACCGCGUGUAUUGGCCAGGUGUCGCCCAGUCCCCUACAACCCACAACGACCUCAGAGACAGUCAUUACGCACAACCAAAAGUGGCUCCAGAUCACCUCCUCGGGCCCCUGGGAGACCGAGCUCCCCACAUGUAAAUCCGAUUACAGGACGACCUAUGACGUCGCCCACUCCACAGCCGCUGGGACGUCCCGUCCCUAAGUCCGCCAAGAAGCUCAAGCAAACCGGUUCACAGAAUUCCAUUUCCACUCCCGCGCGCCCUCCGCAACCACCGGCCCCCACCAUAGUUCUCCACACUCCGUCAACGUCAUCACAGUCUUUGUCGUCACAGGAGGAAUGUGAGAGUCCGAGCUUGGACGUGGCUGCUGAGCUACUCUCGCCCUCCUCAGCCUACAUGAAGCCAGCACGACGGUCAUCCCAGUCACGCACUGCAGCAAAAUCGUCAGCUCUUCAGUCGGCUGCACCAGCUUAUGAGCCUGAACGCGCCAGCAACGAUCAGUUACCACAGACACAACCAGAGGAUGCACGGAGCGAGGAAGAGCUUGAGUUUAAGCCAAAGCCCCCGCCCGGACCGCCACCCGCUCGUGGCCGACUCCGUAGGUCUGAAGGGAGGGUCGAUUCACCAUCGAAAAGUUUGCCCACGUCAUCGCUGUUGGAGAAUUUCGGGGAGAGGCUUCUGCAGCAGGAAAAGAAUGGCAUGCGCAGAUCCGAGUUUGCUAGUGAUGCUCUGCAUCUGGAAGUAACUUCACCUGAAGACAAUGCAAGGGAAGAUAGCACUGAGAGCAGGGCACCACAGGACAAAAUGCGCAAUGCACGUUCCCUGUCGUCACUUGUUAGGGGCACUGGGUGCAUGACGAUUGGCAGCAGCAAAACGGAGGAGCAAGAGGACGAACAGGAGGAGUCAGGGCAGGUGGACAUAUCCCUGGCAGAUGUGAUAGGCUAUCAAACAGAGGACAGUCAAUACGACGGGCCUCAUCCACCACCAGCCAGCCCCAGCAAUAUUGUCGAAUGGCUAAAUUUCGGUGUGGGCAGAGUCUCCCCUGGAAUACCAGGCGAGCCGGAUUACACAAGCCUUGGCAUCCAGUCAAGAGGGAAAGGCUCAAACCCGCUGGCUCGAGCAGCGUUACUCCGUGCGACUAGACUGUCGGCCACCGCCUAUGGUACCCUGCACCCGGACCAUGAUACGUCGUCAGCCUUGGACAUGGGUGUAGACAUACGGAGCGCACAAAGCGUACCUGAAGACCUGAACAGGGAGAAUGACAGUAGUGACAGUGAGAUACUCGACACACUUGGCCUGCCUGCUGUCACCUACCAUUCCAAGAUGUUGCCAGGUAGGGAUGCUGUUUCCAGACUGCCUCCAAUCGGUGAGAUUCAAUCCCUGCCUAACUCUCCCGCCAGAGGUCGAGCACGCGCGGGACUGAGAGGCAGCAAGCUUCUCAACACGCCUUCUCAGUCUCAACACCGCACAUCCCAGCAGUCCACGCGCCGACAUGUACAGCCUCUUGGAGGCUAUGCUAUGAAGCGUACCAGCGGAAGUUCCGCAGACACGCCCAGACCAAUACUUAUGCGCGGAGCCCGCAAGUCUGUAAGCGCGCCAAAUAUAGACGCUCUGGCUCAACGCUUGGCGAGAAAUGGCCUGCCGCUGACAGUGGGCAAUGCUGAACUAGACUAUGGCCCAACGACGACGCAAUCAAACCCAAAUGUAGAUGUGCUGGGAGGAAGUAGAGAUUCACUUCCCGCCAUCAAUUCCAGCGUCAGGCGUGGGAGAAAGAAGGCCGCCAACAUCCUUCCACCGAUUGCUCGUAAUGGUAGCGAAGCUUCAAAACGUCAUCAGCCUUGACCGUCCUACAUCUAGCACAUGUUCAUGAAAUGUAUGUAUGUACUUGACAUAGCUAACUAACUUCUAGUAAUAUUGUUAGCGGGUAUCUUAAAUCUCCUUGGAGGUGAGAAAGACGUUUACAGACAUAGUAUUUUCCCUCAAGGAUCGCACUUCUUCUGCAAAAAAGAUUUCAAGGCCCUUCCGAAGUAGCUCAGAGCUACCUUUUGUACAUGCGAGAGAGACACACACACACACGGAUGUAUGUUAUAAUUAUAGCAGCCAACUACGCCACCAAACAGCUCAGUACGAGUACCCUUGAUUCCUUUUACAUAGGUACUGCAGACACAAACCAGACGCCAUAGUAUGAUUCAAGGGCAUCGCCAGAGGAGGGAUGGAUAUUUCCAUUUGUGCUCCAAUAAGUACGGUAGAUGAAACUACGAUGCAUAACCCGGCCCCCCUCCACGAUUUGUUGGCUUACUUACUUGCUAGAUUGAAUUCAUGAUAUGAUUGUACUUCGAAGUAGAUUGAUUUGAAUCAUAAUUGUAACUUUCUUGCCAUCACCGAUGGCAAGCACCGAUGGCAAGAAAGUUAUGAUUCAAAUA